UAUCAUUGAUUAAUCUCUGGAAUGCUUCUCAGCCAUUGACAAGCCUACCCACCUUAUCCCCAGAGAGAGAGAGAGAAGAGAGAUGAUGAAGAUCAACCAAUUAUGCACUGCAAUUGCUCUUCUCGCUGUACUACAACUUUCAGUACUAACCAAUGCAGUUUCUCAACCAGCGGAAAUUGAGGUCCCAACUCCACAACCAUGGCCGGAACAAUUCCACGCACUUUUGUACAUGAAUUUGUCGAAGGCACAGCUCCAAAUCAGCAAUUUAUAUUAUGAUUGGCCCAACCGCCGCAAUGUCAACAUAUUUCAGAAGCAACUUGGUGUUCUAUUAUACGACAUCGAGUGGAACAACGGUACAACCUUCUACUACACAUUGGGCGAGAAUGGGACGUGCAUGAUCAUGCAGUUUGACGUCGGAAUCCUCCGGCCGGACUUUCUCGACGGAGCCGACUACCUUGGAACACAAGUCACUGAUGGGUUUCUCUGCAAUGUGUGGGAGAAGGUAGAUUUCAUUUGGUACUAUGAGGAUGUGCUCACGAAGAGGCCCGUUCGAUGGGAUUUCUAUGAUGGAAUUUCCACGCACGUGAUUACCUUCGAGAUUGGUGAAUUAUUGCAAGAUUCUUUCACUCAAGCUCCUGCAUACUGCUUUACUAGUCAAGAAGACAGACAAAGAGCUGCUUAAUUAAUUAGUGUUGAGUAAAACGAAUAUAUUACUACUAAUUUACACAAGUGAAGUGAAUAAUAAUUAAUGUCUUGUGGAUACAUGUAAUGAUCAAUUAAUGUCAGCACGAUCGGAUCAAUGCUGCUGCCCUUUUGGAUCUUGAAUUUCUAAACAGAUCGAGUCGUCGAAUGAAAUGAAAGAAAAAUACUGUUAGAUCGAGAAA